GUGUUUCGGGGGUUUUGUUCGCAGUUCCCGAAGAGCGAGAUUUUUCCGGCAGAUCUUUACCGCUUACGUUCUUGCCGUUGUUGACUCGUAGUGGCCUCCCGGAGAACGAUUCAACGCAAUGGGCAGUGGUCUCCACUUCCACGAUCUACCGUUCGAGCUGAUGUGUGAAAUUUUCGACUACUUGGCGCUGCGGGACAUCAAGAAUGCGGCCCUGGUGUGCCGCCACUGGUACGAUAUCAUCUUCUCCGGGGUCUACAUCCACCGCUUCCGGCUGCUGGUGAACCUCGACCAAUCGUUGCCGGCGCUGAAACAGAUGGCCGCGCUGCUCGAGCAGAGCGACCGGGAGUACUACAGCGUGGUGCUGCGGGCGAACCUGGGCAGCCCGCUGACGGACGCCCGGUUGCGGAUCGUCAAGCUGAUGAUACGCCUGCUGGCGCACAGUGCCGACUCGCUGUACUUCAACAUGGCCGACUUCCGAAUCGAGUCGUGCGCGUCGGAACGGUUGCUGCGCGGCCGCCGGUUGCAGAUCGUCGACACGCGCGCCAAGUACAUUCCGCUCGGGAUGGGCCUGAAGGAGUCGAUGCUGGCCGCCAUCUGUGAGCACGCCGUCAACCUGGUCGACCUGGUGAUCGCCGAGAUGAACAUCAACAACCCGCGGGCACUGGAACCGCUGUCUUCGCUGCGCUCCCUCCGGUUGCUUCUGAUCAGUGACUACUACCCGUACGUCAAACCACCGGCCCCGCCGAUCAAUCUGCCCGCCCUGGAGAACCUGUCGCUGAUCAAGGUGACGGACGAGUCGUGCCACUACUUCCGGGUGGACCACCUGAAGCGCUUCUUCAUCCACUCCACCGGUACGGACGCACCGCGGACGAUGGAGUUCAUCACGCAGAACAUCACCGGCGUGUCCCGGCUGUGUCUCCACUUUACGGCCCGCUCGAUCCAGGCGGAGGUGAUUUUCGGGUGGCUGGACCGCUUCCCGAACCUGGCCGCCCUCGAGCUGGCCGGUGUUGCGCUCCCGGUCGAUGUCCUGAAGCACCUGAGCCCGGCCAACGGUCUCCAGAAGCUGAUCUUCGUGUCCUGCCACCUGGAAUCGAUGCUACUGGACGAGCUGAGCGCGAAGCUGGGUCGGCUGCGGUUGCUGUGCUUCGAUGGGUGCUCCUUGUUCCACCGCCAGUCCGGGUUCCACCCGAUCCACUACGAUGACAUCGAGGAGCUGCGGACGGCACUGCCCCAGUGUCGGGUCAUGCUGGACUACGAGUGA